AUGAGGUGUGUGACGAGAAUGAAGACAAAGAGGGAAGAAGACAACGGAGAGGAGCAGGAAUAUGCAAAGAGGCAGAAGCUGCUAGAGCAGCCUUCUUCUCCCUCUCCUUCACCACCUAGGCUUGGAUUUGACAAUGCACUUCUUCCUCUUGCUUCUUAUGCUGACGAUGAAGACGAGGAAGAAGAUGAUGGCACAAGAGGGGCUAGAGUUGGAAAUGGGGGUGGAAGGAUAGAGCAAAAUGGUGGUAAGGAUGCUGGUAGAUAUGAUGAUGAGGACGACGAUGACAAUGAGCUUGAUAAAGGACCCAGUCAGGGGAAGCGAAAUCGUGAAAUUGAAGUCCGCAAAGACUGUCCUUAUCUUGAUACUGUAAAUCGCCAGAGAGGGUUUAUUGCCUUCCAGAUGGAUAUGAAAUUAAUGAUCCAUCACUGGAUGACAUACGACAUGUUCACCAGGGAGCAGGUUGAAGAGCUUGAUAGAAACAAGCAGUGGUCUAGGGCGCUUGAUGGUUCUGAUUAUCUUCCUGGAAUGGUGGGUUUGAAUAACAUUAAGGAGACUGAUUUUGUGAACGUCACAAUUCAAUCUUUAAUGCGAGUAACUCCCCUGCGGAACUUCUUCCUUAUUCCUGAAAAUUAUCAACACAGCAAAUCCCCACUUGUUCACCGUUUUGGAGAACUCACUAGGAAGAUUUGGCAUGCACGUAAUUUUAAGGGACAGGUGAGCCCGCAUGAGUUCCUUCAGGCUGUUAUGAAAGCCAGUAAAAAACGGUUUCGAAUUGGGCACAGUCUGACCCAGUUGAAUUUAUGUCAUGGCUUCUUAAUACAUUACAUGCAGAUCUUAGAAGUUCAAAAAGAAGUAGCAGCAUUAUUCACCAGUGGAGAACUGGAAGUCGUAAAAGAGAUUCACAGCAGACCUUUUUUUGAGAAGAAAGAGAAUGGUGAUGAGCAGAAUAAUGGCAGUGUUGGAGAUGGUGGAAUCGAGCAGGAUAAUGUUGUCACUGAAACUAGCAGAAUGCUGUUCUUAAUGCUUGGACUGGAUUUACCACCUCCACCCCUUUUUAAGGAUGUGAUGGAGAAAAAUAUAAUUCCACAGGUUCCACUUUUCAACAUACUGAAGAAGUUUGAUGGUGAGUUAGUCACUGAAGUUGUACGUCCUCGAAUAGCAAGGAUGAGAUAUCGUGUAACCAGACUGCCACAAUAUCUAAUUCUCCACAUGCGACGAUUUACAAAGAACAAUUUUUUCGUGGAGAAAAAUCCUACUCUUGUAAAUUUUCCAGUGAAGAACUUAGAGCUGAAGGACUAUAUCCCUUUGCCAACACCCAAAGAGAAUGAGAAACUGCGGUCAAAGUAUGACUUGAUUGCCAACAUUGUUCACGAUGGUAAACCAGGUGAAGGUUCCUACAGGGUUUUUUGUGCAGCGGAAGUCAGAAGAGCUUUGGAUCUACAUGUCUCUGAAACUCUGCCUCAGAUGGUUGCUCUAUCAGAAGCUUACAUGCAGAUAUACGAGCAGCAACAAUGA